CAAACCCGAUUUACGAGAAGAAUCACUGAACCGGGUACAUGACCGGGACCAUCUCUCCCGCCAUCUGCCGCCUGACCCGGCUCUCCAGCCUCACCAUCGCCGAUUGGAAGGGAAUCUCAGGCGAGAUUCCGAAAUGUAUCACGACGCUGCCGUUCCUCCGAAUCUUCGACCUCAUCGGAAACAAAAUCUCCGGCGAGAUUCCGUCCAGUAUCGGCCGGCUUCACCUGCUCACGGUCCUCAACUUCGCCGACAACCUCAUUUCCGGCCCAAUCCCGACCUCACUCACCAGCCUCUCCAGCCUCAUGCACCUCGACCUCCGAAACAACAAAAUUUCGGGGGAGCUGCCCCGAGAUUUCAGCCGACUCGGCAUGCUGAGCCGGGCCUUGCUGAGCCGAAACUUCAUAGGCGGUACAAUCCCGAGUUCGAUUUCUCAAAUUUACUGCCUCGCGGAUCUGGAUCUUUCCUUGAAUCAGAUUUCAGGUCCGAUCCCCCCUACAAUCGGCAAAAUGGCGGUUCUCGCGACGCUAAAUCUUGAUUCGAACAAAAUAUCGGGUCGCAUACCGCCGAGUUUGCUUGUCUCGGGCAUUAGCGACUUGAAUUUGAGCAAGAACUUUCUCGAUGGUAUUAUACCGGAUGUGUUUGGGCCGAGAUCUUACUUCACCGUGAUCGAUUUAUCGUUCAACAAAUUGAGGGGCAAUAUCCCGAAAUCUAUGAUUUCGGCUUCAUAUAUCGGGCACUUGGAUUUGAGCCAUAACCACUUGUGUGGGAGAAUUCCGGCAGGGUCGCCGUUCGAUCACCUCGAAGCGUCGUCGUUUACUUACAACGAUUGUCUUUGCGGGAAACCACUAAAAACCUGCUAAUGAAAAUGCAUUGUGAAGGUGUUUGUAUUAUUGUAAGAGAGAGAGAGAGAGAGAGUUAAUUAAUUGUGUGUUUACCGCUUAAUUACGUUCAUUAUAUUGAA